GUGCACGCAGGUGAGCGGGUGACGCUGGCAGCUGCCUGCUCGGGGCUGCCACGGGAGCGAGUGAGGCCACAGCACACCGGCCCCUGCCCUGCCCACCAUUGCACCUGGAACUCCAGGAUGAGCGCAGGGAGCCUUUGAGAAGCCCCGGAGCUUGCGAGGGGGCUGAGGGAACAGCAGAGGGAGUGGAGCACGGAAUCCAGCAGCUCAGCAGGGUGGUAGGUGAUGGAACCCUGGGCAUAGGGGAUGCCCGCCUGGGAGCAGGCAAUGCACCCCUGCGCAUGGGUGAAGCGAGGAUAUAGAUGAGGCACCCCUGGGAACAAUCAGUGCUCCCCUGGGAGUGGGUGAUGCACGCCUGGGAGAAGGAUAUGCCCCCCUGGAUGUGGGCAGUGCCCCCCGGAGCAUGGCCGAUGGGCACAUGUAAUGCACCCCUUGACUCCUGGCACCUGCGACUUGGGCAGAGCAUCAGUGUGGGGUGCUUGGCUCUCUCCGCCCCCACUCUCUCCGCAGGGUGCCCCUCUCCGGGACCGGGGCGCUCUCCCCGCCGGCGCCAUUGGCCCCGGUGCUGUUUGAAGCAGGCGUGCGGCGCGGAUUGGCCGGGGGACUUGUCGGGGAGGCUCGGCGGCGGCGGAGGCGUGGUGACCGCCUUCAAAUAGGCAGCCCGGAGCCGGGGGCUCAGCCAGUGCGGUACCGCACAGCCCGGGCUGUCUUUGUCUGCCGUGGGGCCGGGGCGCGGGCAGGGGCAGCAUCGCCGCCGCUCUCACUCCGGCCCCGCUCUCACUCCGGCCCCUCUUCUCAGCCGACGGCACCUGAGCCCUUCGCUGCCCGUGGCGGCCGCCCACCCGUGUCCCGGUGCCGGCACGGAGGAUGCCCGUCGAGGCGCUGCAAGCCGGUGACACCAUGAAGGGGGUGACGGUGCCUUUCACCUCGGCCAUGCCUGUCCGUAUCCUCCGCAAAGGGCCCGCGUAUUUCCGCCGGCACGCCGAGCCGGGGGCCGGGAAGCCCAGCGCAGUGGAGAGACUGGAGGCUGACAAGGCCAAGUACGUGAAGAGCCAGAAGGUCGCCAGUACCAAGCAGGAGCCGGUGAAGCCACUGCUGCUCAAGCAGCCCCUCUUCGCCCCCGGGGUGCGCCGGGCUGUGCUCACCCCCAGCCGCAGGGCACCCCCGGGGCCGCGCCGCGCCGAUGCUGCCAACCCGAAGACCUCCCUUGACCUGGAGAUCCUCAACAACCUCAUCAACCUCUGUGACAGCCCUUUCCCUAAGGCGGAGAGCCCGCUGGGCAGGGAGUGCAGGUGGCGGGCGGAAGCGCCAGCGGUGGAGGGGGCUGUCAAGCCACCGGAGAGCCCGGCCACCACCAAGCCCCCCGGCAGUGUAGCCGUGCGGAGGGUGGACGUCCGUCCCUGUGGAGCUCCACGGAGCCCAGUGACACCGCUGCCUGCGUCCCCCGUCCCAGGUGGGCUGCCUGUGACCCCAUCCCGGAGCUCGCCCGCCCGCCCCGAGAACGCCCGGCGGCAGCCGCUGCUGCACCGCUCCAAGUCGGACCUGAGCGAUCGUCUCUCGCGGGCCACCGCCGACCUGGAGCGCUUCUUCAACUACUGUGGCCUUGACCCCGAGGAGAUGCAGGACAUGGGGGCUGAGCGCUUCGCCCGUGCCAGCUCUGACAUCGUGUCCCUCAAGUUCCACAGCGUGAGCACGGCCAGCUCGGAGGGCGGCCGCUCACCGCCCAGCGCUGCCACGCCGGAGGGACGGCCGGCGGAGCGUGUGCCCUACGGCAUCUCCAUCAUCGAGCGCAACGCCCGUGUCAUCAAGUGGCUCUACGGGCUGCGCCAGGCCAGGGAGCCCCAGAAGGUCUCUGAUGUGUAGUGGUGCCGUGGUGGGCACCGGGGAUGGGUUGCUCAAAAGCAGGCAAUGCUGGAUGGGGACAAAGCACAGGCUGUGCCCUGGGAGGAGCAGGGACCUCUUGAUGGUGACAGGACCUUUGAACUUAGCCCUGCUGUACUACAGCAUCACUGGCCUGAUGUGGUGGCUAGGGAUCCAUUGUCAGACCCCUGUGCCAGCACUGGAGGGCCAGGUCCCUGUGGGAAGGCAGAGGACUCGUGACCCUGGGUGUGUGGCUGGUCCUCAACACCCAUAAGGCCUCAUGUGUGGCUGUCCUGCCUGCGCUGCUGGCAGCUCCUGCCUGUCCUGCUCCUCACCAGCACCCCUGGGUGGGGUGCAAGGGGCUGGUUCCCCCCUGCACAGAGCAGGGAAACUCCACUGGGGAAGGAGCUGCCCCCUUGCAGCCUCCACCAAAGGGGUCCCACUGCCUGUGGUGGUGAUCACAUCCUGGUGGUCCCAUCUUAUUGCUAAAGAAAAGCCUGGUGCUUUGAGGGGUGAGGGCGAAACCUGACCCCCUGCUUCAAGCUGCCCAGGGCUGUGUGUCUGUGUGUGUGAGUGUCUGCGGGUGCCUGUGUUCCCCUCCCCGGCUGCCAGUGGGCACAAAGCCCCCACCAUGCUGGGCCUGGUAUUUAUGAAGACAACAGUUCCUCUUUUCUACUCUUUUCCUUAUGUUUGAUCUGUAAAUAAUAAUAAUUAUAAUGCAGCCAGUUUUAUUAAAUGCCUGUGUUUUGGA